AUGGGGUCCAAGGACCAGGACCUGGCCGCGUCGUCGGGCGGUGGCGGAGGCUUCUUCUCCUCGAUCGCCGCGGGCGUGCGCAGCUGGGGCACCGCCGUGCACAAAUCGGUCAACGGGUUGGUUGGCUAUGAAGGGCUUGAAGUUAUCAACCCAGAUGGAGGCACAGACGAUGCGGAAGCAGAGGCUAUGAAGGGGCGAUGGAAACAGGAGGAUCGCGACAGUUACUGGAAGAUGAUGAACAAGUACAUAGGAUCAGAUGUAACGUCACUUGUUACACUUCCAGUCAUCAUCUUUGAGCCGAUGUCAAUGCUUCAGAAAAUGGCAGAGUUGAUGGAAUAUUGUGACCUGUUAGACAAAGCAGAUGAAUGUGAGGAUCCACACAUGCGGAUGGUAUAUGCUUCUACAUGGGCUUUGUCAGCCUACCUAGCCUACCACCGUACGUGGAAGCCUUUCAAUCCCAUCCUUGGAGAGACAUAUGAGAUGGUUAACCACCAGGGUAUUACAUUUAUUGCUGAGCAGGUAAGCCAUCAUCCUCCGAUGGGUGCAGCUCACUGUGAGAAUGAUCAUUUUACUUACGACAUCACAUCAAAGUUGAAGACAAAGUUCUUGGGAAACUCAGUGGAAGUGUAUCCAGUUGGAAGGACUAGAGUGACACUUAAAAAAUCCGGUGUCGUGUUGGAACUGGUACCACCACUGACGAAGGUCAACAACUUGAUAUUUGGGCGCACAUGGGUUGACUCUUUUGGAGAGAUGGUCUUGACAAAUCUGACAACUGGAGACAAAGCUGUGCUGUAUUUCCAGCCAUGCGGCUGGUUUGGGGCUGGGCGAUUCGAGGUGGAUGGGUAUGUAUAUACUGCAGCUGAAGAACCGAAAAUAAUGAUGACAGGAAAAUGGAACAAGUCCAUGAGUUACCAGCCUUGUGAUCAAGAAGGUGAUCCUCUUCCAGGGACGGAGCUAAAAGAGGUCUGGAAAGCUGCUCCUGCUCCACCGAAUGACAAGUACCAGUAUACAUACUUUGCGCACAAAAUAAAUAGCUUUGAUACAGCACCUAAGAAGCUCUUGCCUUCAGACUCCCGAUUAAGGCCCGACAGAUAUGCCCUUGAGAAGGGCGACAUGUCUAAAUCUGGGGCACACAAGAGCAGGCUUGAAGAACAACAAAGAGCUGAGAAGAAAAUUCGGGACACCAAGGGGGAGCAAUUUACUCCAAAAUGGUUCAAGAUGACGGAAGACAUCUCCCCUACCCCGUGGGGCGACCUGGAGGUGUAUGAAUACAAUGGCAGAUACGCCGAGCACCGGGCUGCGAUAGACAGCUCUAGCGUCGCUGCCAAGGAGAAGGACGUCAGCUCCAUCGAGUUCAACCCGUGGCAGUAUGCUUUCAGGCCUUGUGCUGAUGCAUACCGGCGGUUUCCGUGCCUUGUAGUAUUACAUGACUUUCCACCUUCUCUCUUCGUGCUGUGA